UUGCAAGACACCAGUGCCUGGACUGCUGCUGAUUAAUUGAAGGACUUACUUGAAUUUGGCAAAUACUGAUUGAAUACAGUAAACUCUGUCAUGAGUUGGAAAUCCUGGGUCACUCAAAUAUGUUUUGUUUCAAUCCUGUUCUUCAAGGGAUCUUAUUCUGGUAAAACCCAUUUCUAUGGUACCUUAUUUUACUGUCAAUGGUAUGUAACUACUUAAAUGUAAGGAGUAAUGUGUAUCUGAUCAAAAGUGUCACUGUAAUCAUGAUCUCUUAGAUGGGGUAGUGAGACUGUCUGUGUCCCUGUCUGUCUAUAGUUAAAUUUGAGAUCAAGGUUCCCAGUGAGCCCCAGCUUGCCAUCGUGGGGCAGCAUGUGGUACUAGACUGCAGUUUUUCUGUGGGAAAGGUCUGGGACCUGGGCAGCAGUGUGAUCACGUGGCAGAGAGGCCUGGAGGUGAUCCACAGCUUCUACCACGGUCAGGACCAACUGGACAGACAGAACAGUCAUUAUGCCAACAGAACCAGCCUGUACCACUCAGAGAUGAAGAGGGGUAAUGCCUCUCUCAGGCUGGACCAUACCAACCUGGGGGACAAAGGAGACUAUACCUGCUCUGUGAGCACAAUGCUGGGCAGUCAGAAGAAGACCUUUCCCCUGAAAUUAGCAGGUGUGAUACCAUAUUGAACAUUAUUUUCCGCUUUGUGGACUGAAAAUGACUGAUGUCCUAGAAAAGCACUGUUCUUUGUCACACUAAUUAGGGUUCCUUGUGAUGUACAAUGCUUACUGAGAUACUGUAUAUUCUUUCAUGCCAUUAAACGGUGUCCAUGGCCUCUCAUUUCAGCAUACUACCCUGAGCCACAGCUGAAGUUCACAGCAUCUCCAAGCGAUAUGGAGCUAGUCUUGACCUCACAGGGAGGGUACCCCCGACCCUCGGUGCAGUGGCUGGAUGACAGCGGUGAUGAUGUCACUAAUAAAACAGUCAUACAUCUUUUAGAGGACACACAUGGACUAUACUCUGUCUUCAGUACACUGACCCUACAUGGUCCAGUCAACGAGACCUUCACCUUCGUCCUGAAGAACAAAGACCUGGGACAGGAGAUCAUGAGAGAGAUCACACUUCACUCAGGUAUAUAG